AUGGUCGAAGAUUUGUCCCAGCCACUUUCGGAGUCGUAUUUCCACCUUUCCCAAGACAACGAAACGGACUUGAGUAACACUUCAUCUAUCGAGUUCGACGAUGACAGUUUUAAUCCCGUACACGAAGGAAUGACAAAACAUGAUACCAAGCAUGAUACAUCCUUAUUGGUGAGGUUCGCUCAAGAGAUCGAUUUGGAUAUCGCCAAAGAGUCCAACACCGAUGCUAGCUCAACUCCCACAAACUACGAGCAGUUCCAGCCCAAGAGAGAGAACAAGCGUAACGAUUUUGAUGUCACGGACAAUAACGAAACCAGAAAUGAGAAGCACAACAACGAGACCAAGGAACAGAUUCUUUCACCCAAGAGGUUCCAAGGGUUUGGUGCAGGUCCACAAAAAAUCGCCUCUCCAGCUCCGAUGAUUUCCUCUCAUUCGACACCUUUGACUGCCAAAAAUGGCUUGAACAACAUGAAAUGGUCCAAAUACUCAAAAGAUAACUAUCUUCCGGAUAUCAACGAAUCGAGAGAUGACACCACCGCAAACGAUAUAAUCAGACCAUCCCACAGUCGGAACUUGAGCAAACAUAGUAGAAUGAACAGUUACAACAAGGAAGAAGACACAUUUAUCCAGCAGCCAAAGCUUUCCAUCCAGGAACUUCUUGAUAGCGUAUUGCCUAUGUUCAGUGAGCAAAUUUCGGAAAAGGUGAAGGACUCAAUUAAUGAGUUGAUACGGCAAGGAUCCCUCCAACAUUCAGACCUUGCAUCCCAUCCCACCAAGCACGAACACAAACACAAACACAAACCUACCAAAUCACAAGAUCUUUUCAUUACUCCCAUCAGGAGCCAUACCGAGUCUAUUAGUAACUCGACGUCUGACGAUGAUUUGAGUCUUACAGGACUUCAUAGAGGACCCUCCAACGAGCGUAAAAAGUUUAGUGUGAAUCAUGACGGCAGUAUUCAUACUCACGAGGUUUGUGAAGAGAAGAAAGAGCAUAAAAACGUGGAUUCCCCCGUUACAACCCCUCCGCAUUCGCAAGAAUAUUCUGAGCUUAAACCCCAACUGUCUACUAUUCUUGAAGAAGAAGCUUCAUUGCAUAAUCAGAUACUAGAACAGGAAGUUGAGAGAUUGAAGCUGGAGAAUUUGGACUUACAAAUUGAGUUGAACGGUCUCCAGGUCGAAAUGGCCCAAAACGCAAAGCUUGUACACGAACAACAAACUCUGGAGAUAGAUGCGGAAUUCUCUAGGGAAGCAGUGAAACAAGAUGACACCAAAGAGAGGGAAAUGCAAGAAACAAUCGACAGACUAGCCAAAGAGGUACAAAGAGCCAGGUUAGAGAAGGAGGAGGCAGUAAACGAAUUGACAUGGUACAAAAACCAGAAGGAGAACCACAACGAAGGAAACCAAGAAGACCAUGCCAGGUUGCAAAAAAUGGUCGACGAGGCCCAGAGAGAGACAAGUAGAACCAGGAAGGAGAUCGCAAGCUUGGAGGCCGAAAUCGGCGACAAGGCCAAAAGCAUCACCAUGGACACAAUCGACGACCGGUUCCACGCUCAAUACAAGAAGUUGCAGCUCGACAAGGUGGAUGGAUUGAGCAAGGUGGAAUUGGGCAACACCCUCAAGAACCUCAUGCUAUCGUUGCUCAUCAGCGAUUUGGACCACCUCCCAUCGCAGGCUGCGAAGUACGGCCGGUUUCUCAAGAUGUCGAUCCAGUUCAUGGACAACAUGCAUGCCUCGGUCUACACUCAGGCCAGCGGAGUCAAGCCCUCGGACUACUUGCGUAUGCACGACGAGCGAGCCCUUCAGCAUCUCGGGGAAUGUUUAGACGGGAUGGUGAGGGCCGCUCAGAGGUGA